CGCGGGCACAGCAGCCAGGCUGCCGGAGAGCAGAUCUCGGGGAUUCAGGUGCGGAGCCCUUGGCCUGGAGGCGAUAUGGGUGGUCCGCGGCCCGAUUCAGUCGCUCGCAACAGCCCGGGGAACAGGCCUGCCUGGCCCUGAGGGGGUCCCCUUUCUGAAGCUGUGGUGCUUGGACAACCUCUCUGCAUUGCCGGGCACCUGUAGGUGUCCCUCGAGAGCUCAGUCUUGAGGUUCAAGUCAGUGUGGCCAUGAAGGGGCUGCCUGUCGGGCUGAUGCUGUGACCCUGGAGUCUGCCUUUCCUGCCAGUCCCCCUGCCCGGAACAUGUGGCUGCGGCUUGGCCCGCCCUCGCUGUCCCUGAGCCCCAAGUCCACAGUUGGCCAGAGCCUGUGCCUCACCCUGUGGUUCCUCAGCUUGGUGCUGAGGGCCAGUACCCAGGCCCCGGCGCCCACAGUCAAUACUCACUUUGGGAAGCUAAGGGGUGCUCGGGUACCAUUGCCCAGUGAGAUCCUGGGGCCUGUGGACCAGUACCUGGGGGUGCCCUACGCAGCUCCCCCCAUCGGCGAGAAACGUUUCCUGCCCCCUGAGCCACCCCCAUCCUGGUCGGGCAUCCGGAACGCCACACACUUUCCCCCAGUGUGCCCCCAGAACAUCCACACAGCCGUGCCCGAAGUCAUGCUGCCCGUCUGGUUCACUGCCAACUUGGAUAUUGUCGCUACGUACAUCCAGGAGCCCAAUGAAGACUGCCUCUACCUGAAUGUCUACGUGCCCACGGAGGAUGUAAAGCGGAUUUCCAAGGAAUGCGCCCGAAAGCCCAACAAGAAAAUUUGUAGGAAAGGAGCUGGAAGGGAAUUCAGCCACCAGAGCCCGGACAAGCUGGGAAAGAGGGCUAUUUGCUGCCUUCAGGCUGAGAGUAUCUGGUGUCACAGACGAGAGGGAUCCGGCGCUAAGAAACAGGGCGAGGACUUAGCGGAUAAUGACGGGGAUGAAGAUGAAGACAUCCGGGACAGUGGCGCUAAGCCCGUCAUGGUCUACAUCCACGGAGGCUCUUACAUGGAAGGGACGGGCAACAUGAUUGAUGGCAGCGUCCUCGCCAGUUACGGCAACGUCAUCGUCAUCACCCUCAACUAUCGGGUUGGAGUGCUAGGUUUCCUGAGUACUGGCGAUCAGGCCGCCAAGGGCAACUAUGGGCUCCUUGACCAAAUCCAGGCCCUCCGCUGGGUGAGCGAGAACAUCGCCUUCUUUGGUGGCGAUCCCCGCCGUAUUACAGUCUUCGGCUCAGGCAUCGGUGCAUCCUGCGUCAGCCUCCUCACACUGUCGCAUCACUCCGAGGGGCUUUUCCAGAGGGCCAUCAUCCAGAGUGGUUCUGCCCUCUCCAGCUGGGCUGUGAACUACCAGCCAGUGAAGUAUACCAGCCUGCUGGCCGACAAGGUAGGCUGUAAUGUGCUAGACACGGUGGACAUGGUGGACUGUCUUCGUCAAAAGAGUGCUAAGGAGCUGGUAGAGCAGGACAUCCAGCCAGCCCGCUACCAUGUGGCCUUUGGCCCUGUGAUUGAUGGCGAUGUCAUUCCUGAUGACCCUGAGAUUCUCAUGGAGCAGGGCGAGUUCCUCAACUAUGACAUUAUGCUAGGUGUCAACCAGGGCGAGGGGCUCAAGUUCGUGGAAGGGGUGGUGGACCCCGAGGAUGGUGUCUCUGGCACUGACUUUGACUACUCAGUCUCCAACUUUGUGGACAAUCUGUAUGGCUAUCCUGAGGGUAAGGACACCCUGCGGGAGACCAUCAAGUUCAUGUACACAGACUGGGCAGACCGUGACAAUCCGGAGACACGCCGCAAAACACUGGUGGCUCUCUUCACUGACCACCAGUGGGUGGAGCCCUCGGUGGUGACUGCCGAUUUGCAUGCCCGCUAUGGCUCACCUACCUACUUCUACGCCUUCUACCAUCACUGCCAGAGCCUCAUGAAGCCUGCUUGGUCAGAUGCAGCUCAUGGGGACGAAGUACCCUAUGUUUUUGGUGUCCCUAUGGUAGGCCCCACUGACCUCUUCCCCUGCAAUUUCUCCAAGAACGACGUUAUGCUCAGUGCUGUUGUCAUGACCUACUGGACCAACUUUGCCAAGACCGGGGAUCCCAACAAGCCGGUCCCCCAGGACACCAAGUUCAUUCACACCAAGGCCAACCGCUUUGAGGAAGUAGCCUGGUCCAAAUACAAUCCCCGAGACCAGCUCUACCUUCACAUCGGGCUGAAACCAAGGGUCCGUGAUCAUUACCGGGCCACCAAGGUGGCCUUCUGGAAACACCUGGUGCCCCACCUAUACAACCUGCAUGACAUGUUCCACUAUACGUCCACAACCACCAAAGUGCCGCCCCCGGAUACCACCCACAGCUCCCACAUCACCCGCAGGCCCAACGGCAAGACUUGGAGCACCAAGCGGCCAGCCAUCUCCCCUGCCUACAGCAAUGAGAAUGCCCAAGGGUCCUGGAACAGGGACCAGGAUGCAGGGCCGCUUCUGGUGGAGAACCCUCGUGACUACUCCACCGAAUUAAGUGUCACCAUCGCUGUGGGGGCCUCCCUCCUGUUCCUUAACGUCCUGGCCUUCGCCGCCCUCUACUACCGCAAGGACAAACGGCGUCAGGAGCCCCUGCGGCAGCCCAGCCCUCAGAGGGGAGCCGGGGCCCCUGAAUUGGGAGCUGCUCCUGAGGAGGAGCUGGCAGCAUUACAGCUGGGCCCCACCCACCAUGAAUGUGAGGCUGGUCCCCCCCAUGACACACUGCGCCUCACUGCGCUGCCCGACUACACGCUGACCCUGCGUCGCUCCCCUGAUGACAUCCCACUCAUGACACCCAACACCAUCACUAUGAUUCCCAACUCCCUGGUAGGGCUGCAGACAUUGCACCCCUAUAACACCUUUGCCACAGGGUUCAACAGUACCGGGCUGCCCCACUCACACUCCACUACCCGGGUAUAGCUCCAGACCAGAGCACAGCCUAUCUCCUGGCUCCCUCCCUCCCAUAUCCACGGACACACAUGCACACACAGACACACAUAGACACACACACACACACAUACACACAGACAUGUACAGACAUAUAUGUAUACGCACACACCCACACCCGACAGCAGACCCACCUGCACAAACAUAGACAGACGUGGACAUGCACCUGCAUGUACAAAAACACAAAUAAGGAAGUAAACCUGAACAAACCCUUCAAAUGGGGACACAAGUGAGUCCUUGAGAAACCGAGGACCUGUGGAACAGCAACUAAAGCCAGCUCCCUGAGCCUGAUCACAGACACUCCUGGGGGCCCGAAAGCACCAGCUGGACACCCCCUUGGUGCUCACCUUCUGCCUCUCUUGGAACUGCACCACCCACCAACUCCAGACUUGGGAGCUUUAAAGAGCAGAGUAGCUCUUUCUCCCCCAGACUUGGUCUUUUUUCUGGGUCUUGUUUUUGUUGAUUUUUUAAAAUAAUUUUGGAACACAUGCUUCUCCAACCCAUGAGUGCAAAGAGGUUCCGGAAGGGAGGCUCCAGGCCUAUGUCUGUCUGGCUCUGGAACCCCCAGUGCUCACACAAUCCGGCUGAGGAACAUGACCCCCAAGAAAGAAACAGAUUCGAGCAAGACCAUGGGGUGGAAGGAGAAAGGGGCUACUGCUGGAUGGGGUUGGAGAGCCAUAGGGGAGAAUUCUCCAGCCAUCUCUGUGUCCCUGUGGAGGGCUGUAGAGACUGCAGGGUGACCUGCUUUCCCCCAAAGGCCGGGAGCAUUGGCCUGGCUAGACCAGGGGACCCUAGAUUUGGUGAAUGAGGUUCUGGUAGAGGCCAUCAUUAUCUGGCCUCUGGGUGUAAUCUGGGUUCUGCCUCUGCUCUUGGGGUAAUGGUAUCAGAAAUUUGCCCCAUUUUCUUUACAGAGUCUCUUUUGUGUCUGUCAUUUCUCUUUCAAAAAGGCGGUGUUUUUUUUGUUGUUGUUGUUGUUGUUGGCUUUUUUUUUAAAGAAAAGUUCUUAAAACACUAACGGAAACCCAUGGAGUUUGUCCUUUGUAAAAAUUUUAAACACAGUGUCUUGAUAUAAAAAUAAAAAAUCCAGUUAGCACUCCCAACCUGCCUCCCUUGCACAGGCCUUGCCCCAACAGACCUCCC